CUGUGUAUUGAAUGUAAGGGGCAUUUAUGUACACAAUACGAUAUAGAGGCCAUCUUUUACGAAAAAAAACUUUGUGUUGUUUUGUGCAUAAAAAUCGGCCUGAUGAAUUCAUUCACAUGGAUAAGUUAUUUAUUUAUAUAUUUGCCGUUUGGACGGUGACACAUUGGGUCCCAGUAAUACGGGGGGUCGAGGCAGGGGACCUAAAAAUUGGUUUGGCAUUACGCCAGGGGCAACCUGCUAAAGUCAUUGCUCAGAAGAACGGGGAACUUGUGCUCAAUUGCUCUGUAGAACAUGAUACGGACCUUGGUGUUCUGACCCUGAACUGGACGAAAGAUGAUGCCCCAGUCGAGUUCGACCGCCGGGUUCAGAAGCUGCAAAAUGGUUCCUUGUUUAUAAGGCGAAUAAUUCAUCGUCCGAAAAAGAACUGGACGGAUGAAGGCCGAUACAAAUGUUUUGGAACAAUACAGAAGGGGAAUGAAAGAGUUGGACGGGUCAUCGCUCGUGAUGUUCACGUGCAAGUUGCAGGGAUGGAAAGAAAGUUUACUAUAGAGCCACAGCCACAGACUGUGCCUAAAGGCGGUGUUGCCAGGUUCCAGUGUAAAAUUCAGGCGAUUCCACCUGCCAUGUACGAAUGGCAACGCGACAAAACUGUUCUACCUCAAAAUGAUAGGUAUUUAGUAUUAAACUCAGGUAUAUUACAAAUCACGGGUGUCACAGAAUCAGAUGCGGGUCUUUAUCGAUGUUAUGCUACUCAGGGUUUACUGCACGAGUUGCCAGGUCAUGAUAUAGAAGUAAAAUACAGCGAAGAAGCACCAUUAAUUGUUGUCACAGAUCCUGUUGGAAAGGAGGUGAAAGUUUUCUCAAGUACAAAGAAUACUACAGCUCUUGUACGAGCACCGGCUCUUCUCGAAUGUCUCGUUCAAGGGUUUACGGGUCGGGUUGAAUGGCGGAGAGGUGACGACAAGCAAUUGAUACAGGCAAGCAGUCGUAUAGAACAAAUUGGGAACAAUCUGCGCUUUGUCGAGACUGAAUUAUCAGACAGCGGAAAGUACGAAUGUGUCGCUGGAAAUGUCAGAGCGCCAAUGACACUUAAUAUCAUAAAAAAGCCUGUCAUUAUGGAGAUAAGUCCAGGCCAGAGAUUUCCGAGAGCGCAGUGGAUAUACUUGGAUUGUCGCGCUGAUGGUCACCCUAAACCAACUAUUAGCUGGUUAAAAGAUGGCGUCAAGCUCGACUUUGAUCCAAAAUAUAAUUACAGGAAACCAAAAGAAAACCAAUUAGCGAUCACACUGAGCCAGCCAGACAACUCUGGAUACUAUCAGUGUUUGGCCAGUAAUGAGGCAGGAUCUGUAUCCGCUCUUACAAGGGUGCAAGUUUUUGAACAAGCGGAUUCACCAAAAAAGCCGACAAACUUGACAGCUGUGGAAGUGACUAGUACCUCCAUUUUGUUGACCUGGCAACCUGCUAAAGCCGCAAAGAAUUCUAGAAUUCUGGCAUAUUCUGUUCAUUAUAGAAGAGAUGGUGGUCCAAGAGAAGAAGUUGUGACACCAGUAACAGAAAUUUACCUAGAAGGGCUUAUACCAUUUUCUGAGUACAUAAUCUACGUCUCUGCGUAUUCCAGCACAGCAGGUCCCCCUUCAGAAAACCUCAUCGUUAAGACAUUAGAAGAUAGACCUAGUAGGCCACCCGUCAUCACAUUGGAACCUCAGGUUAGGGCUGUACAGGUGAAGUGGGAACCCCUUCCACAUAAAUACCAGAAUGGUAUAAUCUCACAGCACAAAAUUUACGUGCGCCAGAGAGGUGCCCCGACCACAGAGAGGAUCGAAACAGGAAUCAGUGGAACAGCUACUUCGUACUUAAUCACAGGUCUUGAAUCAGAGACCGAGUAUGAGUUGCGUAUGUUGGCAGGAACGUCGGUCGGCUACAGGGAGACCUUCACAGAGGAGCAAUGGCCGUGGGUGUCUGUGACAACACUCAGCAAUUCCUAUGUACUUGCCCCAAACGUGCAGAUCACACCUGUCAACAGCUCGGCUAUCAACGUAACAUGGACGUAUGCAGAUGCAUACUCUAUCAAACAGUUUAUUGUUCAGUUACAGAAGAUACCCGCUGGGGAAAUACUGAAGAAGGAAACCCUACAAGCUCAAUACAGGCAUACAGUAUUUGCACAACUUGAUGAGACUGCCUAUUAUGAGGUUAAGGUGAUUGUACAGACAUUAGAUGGCCUGAAGUCAGAAGCAGUUGAGGAAUUCAGUUCGUUAAACGUGAAAAAGCCUGCUGGUCCAGAAUACCUGAAAGUGAUAACGAAAUCAUCUGAUAGCAUCAGUGUAGAGUGGGAGGAGCCAGUAUCUGAUAUUGAAAUUAUGUAUUUUACUGUAAGAUAUAGGCAGACUGUAACAACAAACUACAAAUUUGUUAACAGUGACACUAACAGUGCGAUGUUGGAGAAUCUGAAGCCGUACACGGAAUAUGAGGUAUCAGUACGCGCCAAUGGCGAAAAACUAGUCAGUCAGUACAGCGAGAAAAUCACAGUCUACACGGAAUCUGGACUGCCUUCGGAACCGCUGAGUGUACAGAUACAAACUGUCAAGCCGGGAAAAGUUCGUGUAAACUGGCAGCCACCGGCACAGCCGAAUGGUCAGAUUAAAUCGUACACAAUCUUGUACACAAGCAUGCCCAGUGAAACUGAUGAUUUAUGGAUUCGGGUCGAGAAAAACGGCUCAGAAAAUACAGCCCAGAUAACCAUUACGGACAUUUCUGGACAGCUGUACUAUUUCAAACUGCAUGCAAACACUGACCUUGGACCGGGAAAGACCACUCAGCAUUUCUCGGUUGAUCCAUCAAUACCCGUAACAACUGGAAAGAGUGAAGACAACAAGCCUGAGGACCAGAAGCUAGGUAUUAUAAUUGGUAUCAGCAUCGGAGUAUUCUGUAUCAUCAUCUGCAUAAUCAUCAUUUUACUGCGUCAAAGGUGUUUUGGAAAUAACAGCAAUCCACAACCGCAAACACAGCCAGCUCGUUUCCACGGCAAUGGACAUAUCCCAGGCAAUGGAAACGGCCAUGCUGUACAUAUGCAUGAAAGUGAAGCAAUGGUGGGCGGAGUAAUGGAAAUGGAUGCUUAUACUCCAAUGCUGCAUCAUCUCCCAGAGAAUGAACAUUCAGACUCAAAGGGAGGUGGAGAUAGUAAUGUUAUACUGACACCAAACGGUGCCAAGCUGAACGGGUUCGCAUUGAGACAGAACGGUCUUGUGAAUGGACAAAUUCAGAACGGUCAUAUGACCUCAUUUCUGGCUAGUCAGUACAAGGAUCCAGAGGAGAAACGUGGUCUAAUAGCUGCCAUGUUGGCGGGAAGUCACGAGCCAUGUAUGAUGGCAAACGUAGCUGAGGAAAGCUUCAGCACGAGUCGGUACGAGGACCUUGGUUCACUAGACAACAUUGACAUGGGUAGCUCUGAAGAUGUUAUUCAUAAAACAUCUGGAAAGGAGUUGGAGAACAGUGGUGAUGAUAGCGGGGAAGGCAGCUUGACCGCUAGUAAUAGAACAUCUUCGGAAUAUGGGAGUUCUAUUCCUAGGUCAGAUACAACCGAUACUGGUGAUACAGUGGUGCAUUGUGGGUCAUCAUCCCGGCAUGAUACGGGAAUUGGUGGUGAGCUGUAUACCAGUGUGAAAGACAGAAAUGACUUGCCAAUCGAUAUACCUCAGUCCUCGACAACGUGCGAGGACACAUGUCAUGAUGGCGGGACAUCGUUAAAUGUUCAGGAAUCGCGUGCAGUUUCGGGUUCAGUUUUACCUCAUGAUGGUGAAGAUACGGUUAUGUACUCACCACCAACCAUUGCUACCUCAAAUUCACUUUCUCAGGCUAUCAGAAAGACUGACAAUUCAGGGGCUGGUGAACCUCGCCGUGCCACUCGCAACGCGAGUGACGUGGCUGCGCCUCAGGUCAUUUGUAAUGGAUCCUCACCAGAAUUAAGUGCACAGUCAGAGAGGCGUCGACACCCUGCUACGAGCAAUGGUGUUCCGCCUCAAAUGUACACGCCAAGUGUGGUAAACGGAUAUCCCAGCAGUACUAACGGGAUACCACCGCAAAUGAACACUGCGAAUAGUAUGGUCAGUCGCCGACCUCAGGGACAAAUUAUUGGACUCAGUUCGGCAGAAAACAAUCCCAAUCAAUCUCGGACCUCAAACGAGGCAGACUUUUAUGUUGAUUCGACACCUCAGGAGACUAGGCGGUCGGCAAAAGUCGACUCGUCACCUCGUAACGGUCAUUUUCAAAUCUAACUCUGGAAUAUCACAGAUUCAAAUAACAGACCUCGGAUAAUUGCACAAAUUCAGUUUUAUUGAACAAAAAUGUUCUUAUUUUCGUUGCCGCGUUUACCUCUUGUUGCCGUUACCUCAUUAUAUACACAUAGACCUGGACAGUUGUGCUUAUUGCAAGGAAUGUGACAUUGAGCUCUCUUAUAUUCAGUAACUGUUAUGCGGGUACUUUUAGAUAAUGUGUUUUCUUUUUUUAAUUUAGUGUAUUGCACAUUAUAACUAUAUUGUAUCAGAUGGAUUUUUUUUUUCACAAAAUAUGUGCGACAUUUAUAUAUAACACAAGCAUCUGAAGUGCUAGAAAUAUGUUUUUAAAGUGCAGAAAUGGACUGCAUAAGUGUAUUAUUAAGCCCAGUGUUUUAUUAAUAUGUAUAUUGUUAUUGAAGAUGGUUUGUUUAAUUGUUCUACAUGUCAAUUACGGUACAGAUUUCGACAUCGUUUACGGUACAGAUUUUGACAUUUUUUGCAUGUAACUUGUUUAACUUUGAAGGGCAAUUAAUCAUGUGGCAGAGGGUCUAUGAAGUAAUUAAUCAAGUAUGUUUGGAAUAGUUACGUUUCUGUGAAUGAGACAUCUUGUUGAAUCGUUAAAAAUGCCAAAUCUGCAUUUUUGGCAAUUUCAGAAAGAAAAAAAAAUUAAAAUGAUUAAACCUAAGAAUUUAUACAGCAUAUCUCUAGGAAAUGACAAAUAUAAGGUAAUGAUUUUAUUAAAUUAAGACUACCAUCGAUGGAAAAAAGAACUUGUAAAGAAUCAAACUUAUUUAAAAUUCAGCUUUGGUAUUUUGAAUAUACAUUGUAUUUAAAGACUGCAGAAUUAAUGGCAGCUAUGUAGAUUGUUGCUUUUUUUGAUAAAAAAAGAAAUAGUGUCAAAUUUUGUGUAGGUUUGUCAAUGUGAAUGUAGGUCAUGGAUACGUCAUGAAGAAUACUGCCUGACCGAAGAUGUGUAGAAUAAUUAAAUGAAUGCUAUAUGCUGUGUGUUCUGUGUUACGCGAGUUUUGGUACUUGUUAAGUAUUUAAAUAUGUUGAUAUUAUUUUCUCCCCAUUAAGAUAUUUGGAUUCAUACACGAGAUGAACGAAAUAUAAAACAUCGCAAGGUGUUGAUCGGCCCAUGUACAUUAACCCUUGUCCUGCUGAGUUUCUAUAAUGAACUUGUCGAUGUUUCAAUGUGGACUGUACCUUUAAUUGUUAAAAAGGAUACUUACCAAAAUGAUACUGACUGAAAGGCGAACCGAGCAGACCAUGAUGAGCCUGCACAGAUGUGCAGUCUGAUCUUGGUCUGCUCUGGUCGUAAAGGCAGAAUCAUUGCUGCCAGCAAGCUAAGGGUUUAUGUAAAUCAUAAGCGUAGAAACAUUGCAUGAGAAAAGAUUCUAAAGGACUUGAAAGUCGUUAAUUAUGAAAGUGUUUACUUGCAAAUUGUAAAGGUUUUAUUAAAAAGUCUGAAAAAUAUCUGGGAUAGUGGUUGCUGCGAGACAUGUUACAUGGCUGAUCAACUCCUUGCAUCAAGAAUGAUCAAAUAUUAAAUAGGGGAGAGAACUCUGGAGAUGAUUCUUCGAAUUUUUGUGCAUUGGUUGUCAUGGUUACAGAAAAAGUUUUUGCUUAGAGAGUAUCAUCGAAAAAUGAACAGUAAGCUAAGAAAGCAAAAGUUGUGUUGUUGGGGGAAAAAAUCCUGUUUUUUUGUUGUUGUUUUUUUACAGAAAUUUCAUUAAUUCUAUCUUGAUGUACAAUGCAAAUCUUAAGAUGUGAUGUUAAGUUACAGGCAAAGGAAAAAUCUAAGUACCUGAAUUUUUGAAGCAAACUGUUUCAUUAAUACUGACUAAAAAAUCCUCUGCAGGAAAAAUUUUGUGUUUGAGGAUUCUAAAAAUGUAAUUUUGAAUGGCUUCGGGUGUUAAAGUGACAACUGAUGCACAGGGGGGAGGAGAGUUAUUUUUAGAAUAAUCUGAAACCGGUGGAACUUCUGUUUUUUAGAUACAUUUAAUCAAGGUUACAUUUUUUUGAACUUUUUAUGAUAAAACUGCUCAAAGGCACUGUUCUUAGAUCACUUAUGGGAAUCAUAUGAAAAGUUUAGUCUCUGCACCAAACACAGUUAAUCGGAAAUUGUGACCUAGUUAAUAAUCUCUAAACAGAAGGCAUUUUGCUAGAUAGUUCACCAUAAAUAAUCUCUAAACAAAAAAGUAAAUUUGUUUGUAAGGCAAUACACCAAAUUCUGAAGGAAAUGUAUUUUAGUAAGUUCUAAAAAUAAUUGCUAUAUUAAGUUCUGAAAUAAAUGCUUAAAAGUUACUAUUAUAUAUCUAAAGACUGUUACAAUAGGCUUAGUAUGUAUAUAUAUGUAUAUAUAUAUAUAUCAAUAAUUAAUAACUCUUUUAUUAUCUGAAAUUAAACACUUAGGUUUGCUCUACAAGUACAUAUUGUGCAACCUCUAUGGGGUGUACGCCACCAGUAGAGCUAAAAUACAUUUGUUCUUUGGUCUGCUAUGCUCUAUGAUUUUUUCUAAUUAGUUUAGAGACUAUUUUUAGUAUGAGGUAGUUUUUGGUUUAGAGACUAUGUUUAGAAACUAUUUUUAGAAUGAGAUAAUUUUUGAUGUAGAGACUACUUUUUUGUGAUUCCCUACACUGUAUAUGUUCAUUUAUAUUAACAUUUUUAAUGGAACACAGUUUCUCUGAUAUGAAACUUGAAUGAAAAUCUCGGUGUUUUUUUUUUUUUUAAGAUAUACAAAUUAAUUAUUAAGGUUUUGAUUUUAAAAUUUACACUUGAGACCUUGAAUUCACCCCUUUUCUUUGAUUGCGUUGUGAUUUUUUUUUACAUGAAUAAACUUUGAGCAUUUUUAACAAUUAUCUUACCAUGAUCUGACUAUGAAAUUUUAUGCAUUUAUACUGUUUUAAAAGAUCUAUAUUUUAAAUACUUACCUUUAGUUUAAAACAAGUUUUAGAACGAGUUUACAUUAUAAUGGCGGGUCCUGUUUAUUUUGAUAAGUCACUAAUUUAAAUUACUGAGGUCUUGGAGUAGAAGUAUUCUGUAUUGACUUUUUUGUUUAUUUUACGAAAUGAGAUGGUGUAGUUUUGCUCUUUAAGACCUCACUAAGGCAGAUUUACCUCCUCUUUUUAACCUACAUUUAUUAUAUAUACCAUAUGGAUGCUGUUUUUCUGUUAAGCAAUCAUAUUAUAUAACAUGUAUGACUUGAUUUCUGUCCUACAAUUUUUUUUUCUCGAAAUAUCAAGUGAAGAUUUAAGGAAUCUUAAUUUUAGAUUGAGUUCUUGGUGAAGUUAUUUCAGGAAUGGAUCCAAAAUUUCUGUCUGUGGAAUCGCAUCACCAAUGUUACUAUAUAUAGAAAACAUUCUGCCAAAAUCCUUCGGUAGGCAUUAUAUAUUUAACUCGAAAAGAGAUAUUUUACAUGUUUUUUUCACAUUUGGGCAUUGCCCAAUUUAUACUUAAUGGAUUGAACUACAUCACAAUUAAAAGUACCUUACAGUCCCAAAAAGAGCAGUACAAGGACAUAGCAAAAAUUUGAAUGCUAGACUUAAAAAAUGAUGCUGUUUUUACAAUUUGUUAAAGAUAUUUUGCCCAAUAUUUCCAUGCUUAUUUAUUCUAGGGGCUGCAGAGAAGCAGUUAACUUCAUUUGAAAUCUGUAAGUGUGAAAAAAGUGUCUGCAAGGUGCUUUUUUUUAGUGUGACCAAAGUUCAUUUUGUAAGUAUUUAGCAUAUGCACCCCAAGGGAUCGGUACCUGGGAGUUACCCAUGGGAUCAGUACCUGGGAGGAAUUCAGUGUAUUUCUACCUCACUUGUCGCAACUCGUUCCGACUUAACUCAGGGAGGGAAGCAUUUCAAAAGGAGCGAGAUAGGUGGCAUUUUUUUUUUUCACAGAGCUUUUCGCCCCCUUUUAAACAGGGCAGAUGUAGCCCUGUUUUUCAUCAGGGCGACAUUAAAUAAACCCCAUUUUUACCAGGGCGGUACAAUGGGGAUUAGUCUUUUAAAAUGUCAACACUGCAUGUAUUACAUAGAUAGAAGAAAAGAAUUAAAUUAGAUGUUUUAUGACCUUUUUGUGACCUUUUUAUAUAUAACAGAAAUAUUAGCAUGAUUAUGAACAUGUCCGUCUUGGAAAGCUCAUUCAGUUAGAGAAUCUGAUUUGCAGUCCAGGUGUUGAACUGUAAAUCUUGUGAAGAAAAGUUCUCAGUAAGAAGUUUACCCGGGCCAAAGGUUAUGAAAAUGAAUUUAAAGACCAGUUUAAUAACCUAGCAUCUGAUCAGAUGAUUGUUAACUGAUUCUUGAAAUUGACCAAUGACAGAGCUCUAUUGUUAGACUGGUCCCCAAACUCGGCUUCUGAUUGGUUGUGGUUUUUUUUUAGCACAGGUUCGAAAUUGACCAAUGGGAAUACUGCAUUCUCUAGCUGGUUCCAAGCCUCAGUUUACUAACAGCUGAGUCAGAAUUAUUAGGUUUAGUAAUCAAGGGAACAUAGUCAGAUAUGCAGAUUGCUGUUCAUGAACUAAAGUAGUUAAAAGAUGUCUUCAUACCCAAAAAUGUAAGUGGGCAAAUUCUUUUUCGGAUAGGUACCCUUUUUCGGAUGCAUCUCAUCUGGUUAGCUCUUCGAAGGAGGGACUUCAUUUCUCAAACUUCAUUUUACUCUCUGCUGAUUGCAGAAUAUACAUAGAAUUAUCUAAAAAUUAUCUGAACUAUUUAUAUGUAUGGCAAACCGGAAAAAAAUGCAUUUUAAUAAAACUUCAUUAUUUUGUAAAUAAAUAUGUUAUCAUUGACUUUUUUGUGAGUUUUUUUUUUUUCAAACCAUUUCAGGGAAAGUCCUUAGUUGUAUCAUGAAUGUGUCAAUUUGUUGUUCCUUUAUAAUUUUAAUGAAGAAAUCAAGAUUUUGUCAGAAAUCUUCAUUGUUCAACAAGUAUUCUGGUAUAUGUGCUAUCUUGUUAUGGGGGGAAAAUAAGCCUGCUCGUUUUUUCUCUUAAAUUGUUGCCAGUUUGCUACUCUCAGUAUUUUCCGGAUUUUAAAAUUCAUGGCCAUAAAAACUACUUUAUAUUUUCGCUUAAAAGAAGCAUUAUUAGGAGUCAUUUUUCCAGUUCAGAGAGUGGAGAGCAUUUCAAGCGUGUACUACAAGAAAAUUAAAAGAAAAAGAAACCCUAGAUUGCAUGCCCGGCGUCCUAUAAGCAAGUGCGUCUUAUAAGUGAAAAUAUAUGGUAAAAGAAUAUUAAAUGCUAAAAACAGCGUUCAUUUGACAUUUAGACAAUAUUACGCUUAUAAAAGAUUCUUCUCAAUGUUUAUUUAGACUUCAAGGGCAGACACUUUUUCAGUUUGGUAUUUUUUGUUCUUUUUGAUAAUCGGUUAGAAAUUUUUACUGAAGUUAUUGGUAAUAGCACUUCCUGAAACUUACAGAAGUAUGAAAGGUUAUUAAACAAGAUUUCCUGGUAACUAUAGGGUUGUUUUUUUUUCCUAGGGCUGUUAAAACCAAUUAUGUUUAGUAGACAGUAUGUCAGACCAUGUGUACAUUGGGAUAAUACUGAUAUAUUUCAUACCAUUCCUAAAGUCAAGGUGAAUUUAUUUUUUAUUUUUUUGCUAUAUUUGUUCAUUGUGCAUACUUGCGUAUGGUAAAUUCUGUGUAGGGUAAAGUACCAAUAUAUUUUUGAUUCGGAAAUUAAGAAGCGAAGCACCUCCAUUUGACACUAAUAUAUUACCUCCCCCUUGCCCAGAUUGGCACAUACUGUAAGGAUUCUUUCAUGUGAGGAAGUUGUGGGACGGCUGUGGUUUUAGCUUUUGUUUGAUCUACCUUUUCUGCAACAAGGUUAAUCCCCUAAUUUUUCACUUUGAAUAGAAGACAGUGCAACUGAUAUUAUUCGUCAUUGUAAAAAGCUCGGAGGCCUUUAAUAUGAACAUUUUGGAUUUUCAAAUUAUGUUAAUUAGUUUUGAAUUUAUGUUUUUGACGGAAGGUCCUUGGUUCUACCCAGGUGACCGCUCGUGAUGAAAUAAUGCACUGAGGGGCAUUCGGGGUCUUCCGCCACCAUCAAAGCUGGAAAGUCGCCAUAAUGACCUAUAAUUGUGUCUGUGCAAAGUUAAACCCAACAAAAUAAAUAAUUUUGAUUUUGGUAUUUUCUGUUAUAAAUUUCAGUCUGUUAUGACACAGAAAAUUUAAAAAGAAGUGAAUUUGGACUAUAUUUUUGAAGGGAUUACCGGUACUAUAAAAUUUUAGAACAUCUAUUUUAGCAUUAUAUUAGCAUUUCAAUGCAUAUAACUUGUGAAAUAUCUGAAUUUUCUUUUUGCAUGUUUUUAAUUUUGUCCAAUUUAAAAGGUCAUAGUUUAUAUCAAGGUCUCACAAAAUUAAACCAUCUUUCCCAAAAAACAAAACAAAACAAGGAAAACAAAUCAGCAAACCCUGUAACUGAUAUGGUUGAUCAAACAGUAAAAAUAAUAUUUGAGGGGGUUAGGGGAGGGGGGUCAUCCAUAUUUCGGGGUUUGCUUCUGCUACUACUAUUUCGGAUAGUCCCUGUAUGAAUAAACAAGAAUUGGCAUCAAUAAGACAGACAACCCGCAACAGAAAAUGGCAGUUUUAUUAAUGUACGAUGUGUCAGAUUUAUCAGAUGGUGUACUAUUAUAUCAUUGAAUGACAGCCCUAGGGUGUUUUUUUUUCUUUCUUGUAGUUGUAAAACAUUAAAGCAUCUUUGUGUUUGUGUAUAAGUAUCAUAUAGUUUUUAUAAAUCAUUCAAUACCUACCUCUAAUACUGUUUAUUCAUUUAAGUAUAUGGAUUAGCGUAAUGUGUACUCUGCAUUCAGAAAAUGUGCAUUCUUUCUAAGAUCUGAUUCCUUUCAGAUGCAAAUUUUUUUUUUCUGUAUUAUGGUACUUACUGAGCGCACCAUUACUUUAACAUACAUGAUAGAAUUUGAUUGAGGGAAAAAACUUAUUUAGGUGUGUAUGGAGCACGCCUAUAUACUCGGUUCCAAAAGAAAGUGUGCACUUUUUAAGUUUAAAUAUUUAAAAAAAAUUCCCCGACGUUUUUGUUUCAUUUUUUCAUACACUAACUCUCAGGUUUAACUCAGUAUCUAAAAUGCACACCAAUUUGUUUACGAACUGAUUUAAAUUUUGGUACCAAACAUAAGUUUCCAUGAAAAUAACCGAGAAAAAAUAACAGAAAACUAAGUGCACACUUUCUUUUGGAACUGAGUGUAUAUAUCAAAAAUACUUUUUUUUUCUUUCUUUUUAUUUGAAAUCUGAAAAAAAAAAUCUUUUUAAACACCUGACUAGAAAUUGAAAUUGACCCAUAAUGCAAUGCCAUUUGAUUUGUGACUGGGUGAUAUGAAAAUAUAUCUCAGAAUAUACUGGUUUUAUGCAAUAUGUUCACCACGCCCAUUUUCUCUAUAUUUACUGUAAAUGAGUCGAUGAAUAAUUUUCCUUAGAAUUAGAGGUUUAAGAAUUUCAUAAUUGUCAAUUGUUAUUUAUACGGUAAUUGAUUCCCUGAAGCCUGAUUUCGUUAGGAUUUCUUAUAUACCUUUUACGGUAAUGAAAUAUUAAUUAUACAUGUCAUAUAUAGAAACUUAAUUUUCAGAUGUUUUCAUUAUCCAUGUCUUAGAAUAUAGAAUAAAGCUAGAAAAUGUAUUCAUAAUGUUUUAUUUAAAUAAAACCGGUGUUUUAUUAGUUACUGAAAUUUUUUUUUAUUAAGCAUAUAUUUUUCUAUGAUGUACCAUUUCUUAAUGUGACAAUACUGUGAGGAAAAAAAAAUCUAACAUGUUUUUACAUCAUUCUGUGGAAACGAAAUUAAUAUUCUUGUAUAAACUAGUGACUACAGUAUUUAAAGAAUGUAAUGUCAGGUUUUAUUAAAGUGAUGCCAAAAUGAAGUUUUAUGUCAUUUUUAACUGUAAUAACUUAUUCUACACAUUUGGAUCUUAAAGUGAUAUUAUGUUUACUUAAGAUUUUGUUUUUUUUGAAAUUCAGAUGUUAACAGAUUAUGUUUUAUUUUGAUGAAAUGAAAAGAAAAAGGGAUGACUUGAAAAUUUUAAUGAAAAUAGAAGGAAAUGGAUGUCUUUAAAACAAAAUGCUCUCUCCCUUUUCAUUAUGAGUUAUACAUAGCAUAAGUGAAGUGAUGAAAUUAAGGGAUCUUGCAAUUUCAUAGUUACAUGUGUAUACAAAAACUUACAAGUUAAACUUCGUUUGCUCGAACUUGACGGGACAGGCAAAAUUCAUUGGACUUAUAAGUCAAACAAUGAACAUUGUACAAGGAUUAUGCUGAGACCUGACGAUGAGUUCGAGCAAAGGGCGGAGCUGGAAUUACCCGAGUUCAAGCAAACAAAAUUUUACUGUAGUUUAUCUGUAUACAAAAUAUACAUCAUCUAAUGUAUUUCCAAUAAAUCGAAUUCAGUUGCUUGCAGUACACUUACUACAUCUGGGUUAGAUUUUAGAAGUACAUUUUGGACGUGUUUGUCAAAAUUUUGCGUGAUUUGUAAUGUUUGAAUUUUGACAAUUCUGAAGCUUACUGAAAUAAAUUUAUUUAGAUGAGCUUAGAGUUUAAUAUGGAUUUGACAGUUGUUGCCAUACAGCAAUGGAAGUUUGUGUUAAACAAAUAUUCUGGUAAGCAUUUCUUUCUUUUGUAAAACUAUGAUCUUGAAUAUGCAUUAUCCAUUUUAUUGGACAUUUACAAAAAUUAUGGGUUGAAAGCUAAAUUGUUGUUGUAAAGUUUUUUUUUUUAUUUCAUACAAUUUACAACAUUUUGUGCAUUUUACUACUUUGUACUGUAAAAUCAGUUAUUUUUCGUGUGACUUAAAUUUCACAGAUUUUGAGAGAAAGUUCCGUUAUGCGAGGUAUCUUCAUUUUCGCUGUGAAAUUGUACUAUAAUAAAAGUAUUAAAACAUGAGUUUUCCUAAAAUACCGUAUUUACCAUUCUUUUAGGUGGUCCUUCUGUAAGACAGGUUGCUUUAAUUACCUCAAAAAAGGCAUUGUUUUGCAAGAUCCACUUUUUAGACGAGGCAACACCUAAGGACUAAUUUUUUUGAAAAAAAAAAUCUUGUACUGUAUAUUUUCGCUUAUAAGACGCAUUAUCGGGAGUCAUAUUUCCAGUUCAAAGAGUAGGGAGCAUCUUAUAAGUGUGUAAUACAAGGAAGUUAAAAGAAAAAGAAACCCCAGAUAGCAUGUCCAAUGUCUGGAUGCGUCUUAUAAGCGAGUGUGUCUUAUAAGUGAAGAUAUAAGGUAUUACAUGGGAAACACCUCAUCUGAACAGGCAAGUAAAUAUGGUAAACGAAAAGCUUAACUAACAAAAAAAUAAUCCCUUACGAAUAUAGCUGAUUUUACAGUAUUGUUCGAAUCAGUUUCAGAUGAGUGUCAUCUCAGGGCAGGUUAAUGGCAGGACGUAGAAUUUAAGCAUUACAUGAUUUCCUGUUUACACUGUUAAAUGAAUCAAUUUUGUUAGUAGCACUGAUAUAUCUGGCAGGAGAAUUUUAAAACAUACACAUAGUGCUCACAGUUGUCAUCUGGGCUGUAAGUAUCUACUCCAAAAGUACACCUAGACAACUAAAGUAUGUUAGUACAAAUUGAUUGAAAUCACACUGUGGUAGUUAAACAUGCUUUUCUCAUUGUAUAGAGGUAAACUGCAUUUUUUUUUUGCACAAGAAUUUAAAGAACUAAUAGUGUAAUAGUGAGGCUCAUGUUUCAUUUUGCACACACAAAACUGCACUGACAUAAAAAAAAAUAAAUGUUAGAAGUUUGUAGGUCUUUUAAAUGAAGCAGUAAAUUUUAUUUUUAAAAGUUAUCUCCUGGAUUAUACAAGAGAUCAAGCCUCAAGAUUUGAUGUGAAAAUAUCCAAAAAAAGAAGAAAAAGCUGAAACCUCCAGAUAUAAUAUUAAAAAAAAUCAAUUUAAAACAGCCAAAAACUUGUGUCUUAAUGUUUUCCUGCCAGACAUAACAAUACCACUUUCAGUAACUCUUCAUUAUUUGUGUACGUUAGAAAUAAAUUAUCUUGAUACUAUGUAACAGACUCUUUAACUAAAUUAACUGUAUACAAUGUCACAGACUUUUCAUUCAGUCAGUUACUGUAAUUCAUAUAAUGUCAUUUACAUUUCAGAUAUCCUUUGACCUAACUGACUUACAAUAAAUUUCUCUUGCCAAUGCUAUUUUUGAAGAAAUUUGAAGCAAAAAAACUACAACCCCAAAACAAUAACGUGUUCAUGUUUUUGUUUAUGAAGUGUUUAAUUAUUAAAGACCAAAAGUGUUGUUUUUUUUUUGUUGACAAGAUAUACUGUAAUAUUAAAUAUUUUAUUUAGGUUGCUGACUUGUAUACAUGUUCUGCCAUAACAAAGAAGUAAAAAAUUUUUUUAUAAAUUUACGUUGCUAAAAAUGUAUGUACUUGAAGUAAUUGGUGCCAGACAUUUGUUACUUUUCACAGCAAGAGUUCUGUUAUUGCUGCAGAAGAAUAAGACAGCACUUCACAAACAAUUACAUGAAGGUCAGAGGUGAAGGUCAAAGGAUAACAAUCAUUGUCAUUGCCUGUAAUAAAGGAAUACUCACAUAG